CAAAAUCGAGUAUUCGGUUGUGACGAAUCGAAUAUCGAAUAUCACAAAAUUUCCGGAUAUCCGCUUCAUGCCCAUACCUAUUUUUAACACUGAAACAAAUCAAAUAAAAUCCAAAAGUGUUACAUGAAUCCAAAUCUUAAAGGAGUAAACUAGAGAGGUAAACAAAUCUAAAACAAACUGAAUUAGGAUUUUUAUCUAGUAGGAUUAUAAACAAAUCUAUUAGCUGAAAUAAAUAUGGAACCUGUAAUACAUAAUCACGAAUUCUUUUUUUUAUCUGCACAUAAUUUCCAAAAGUAAAAUAGAUAAAUGAUAAAACGCAAGUUUUUUACUUUUAACUAUUAAGUCAUAAGUUUCUUUGGAGUUUCUUCUAUUGUAGUAGUAGUUUUUUUCUGUUAGAAGUUUAUAUAACAAUAAAAAUUACUACAUGAUGUCAAAAAAAUAAAAAAUUACUACCUAUACAUAGAUAAUACCGCAAGUAAAACAAAUUGCCAAUAUUGUUAUAAAAAAAAAAAAAGGCAACAUCAGCAUUAAUUACAAAUUCUAAUUAGAAUCCAACCUCCUAUUUUCUUUUCUUGUAUUAUUCAACUAACCACAUCUUCCUUCUGAUUACCAUAACUUACUAUUCCUAUUAAAUUAUAAAAUAGAAAAAUAAUCUCUCUGUUAUAAAUACAAAUCCCCACAUCAAGUAUUUUGCUAUUCACAAUCUCUGUUUAUUUCGAUAUCACUUUAGAAACAUGUCUCCGAAGUUUCUCCCGUGGUUGAGCCUAGUCGCUCUUCUUUGGCUUCAAUCUUUCAAUGGCACCAACUUGAGUUUCCCUGCUUAUUCUUCACAGCUUAAAGAGUUUCUCAAAAUCUCUCAGUUUAAGCUUAAUUAUCUCUCUUUCGCCUCUGACGCUGGAAAAGUCCUAGGUUUUAUCUCCGGUAUCGCCGCCGUUUAUCUUCCUCUUCCUCUUGUCCUUCUUGCCGGAGGUUCAUUAGGGUUUGCCGGCUACGGUCUCCAGUAUCUCUCCAUCGUCAGGAAGAUGUUUACUUUAUCGUUUUCUCAGAUGUGGUGUCUGAGUUUCUUGGCCGGGAACAGUAUCUGUUGGAUCAACACAGCUUGUUACAUCGUCGCAAUCAACAGUUUUCCGGUGAACCGUCAAGUCGCCGUGGGGAUCACGGCAAGUUAUCAAGGUUUGAGUGGGAAAAUCUACACCGACAUGGUCCACACUUUGUUUCACACGUCUCAACGCGAAGAAGCUUCGGGUUAUCUCUUGCUUAACUCUCUAGUUCCAUUGGUCGCUUGCCUCGUGACGGCUCCUAUGUUGAUGAGACACGGAGGAGACAAAACGACGUCGUUUUCUGGUGAUGUUAAAGUCGGUUUCAUCGUUUUGUUCGUCCUGACUAUAGCCACGGGGAUUUACGCCGUGGCUACGAGUCUUGUCUCGGCUCCUGCGGUUUUAGUUCUUGUAGGCAUUGCUCUGUUUCUUCUUGCUCCUCUUGCUAUACCAAUUGGAGUUGGAUUGGAAGAGCUCAUGUCCUCUAGAAAAACUCAACAAAAGGUACAAGAUCUUGAAGCUCCUCCCGAUAAAUUUUAUUUCGAAGAAGAAGAUCACACGAAAGAAGAAGAAGAGUUUGAGAAGGAAAUAAUUGGAGUUAAAGAAGAAGUCGAGUGGACACAACUAUGGAAGAAACUCGAUUUUUGGAUAUAUUUUGGACUUUAUUUGUUUGGUCCAACGGUCGGGCUAGUGUUUAUGAAUAAUCUUGGUCAGAUCGCUGAGUCUCGUGGCUCCACCGCGACCAGUUCCUUGGUCGCUCUCUCGUCGUCGUUCGGGUUUUUCGGCCGCUUGCUUCCUUCGUUACUCGACUACUUCUUCUCUAGGAACAAAUACAUGCCAUCAAGUCCGGUUUCUAUGGCGGGUUCACUGGUAGCAAUGGUAGCUUCGUUUCUCCUCCUCCUCAUCGACUCUGAUAUCGCUCUCUACAUAAGCACGGCGAUGAUCGGCAUCUUCUCCGGAGCCUUGACUUCACUCUCCGUCACAAUGACGGCAGAGCUUUUUGGGACGAAGCAUUUUGGAGUUAACCACAACAUUGUUGUCGGAAGUAUUCCCCUUGGAUCUUUUUCUUUCGGUUUGUUAGCCGCUAAAGUUUACCGCGACGGAGCCGCCCUCUAUGGAGACGAUGGCAAGUGUUUUGGGAUGCAUUGCUUUCAAACCACUUUGGUAUUUUGGGGAAUGCUCUGUUCGAUCGCAGCUCUUCUCGCCGCCGUUUUAUAUGUACGCAACCGCAAGUUCUAUUCGCAGAAGCCGUAGAAGAAGGAGAAGAAGAACAACAAGAAGUUUUGAUGGCAAAACGUAGCGUUUUCCGUUGGCCUCAAGCAACCGCAAUUUUGUUGGUAGCAUCCGUAAUUAUUUAUUUAACCGAUGUAAACCGGUUUAAGAGUAACCGACGGUCAGGUUUUUUUGUAUAUGGGUUAGUCGAAGAUGUAAAAAACUAGAUAGAGUAACAAUAGUAUAUACAUUGAAUCAUUGAUCGAGAUUUUAUAAAGAUCAUUUUUAAUUAUUAUUCUUAAUAAUUAUUUGAGAGCAAAUUCAAAAAAAAAAAAAUUUGGCUGAGUUAGUGCUAGAUCAUUUAUGUAUCUGAAGAAUUUAAAACGACUUUGUUUGAUUAUUAGUGGAAAAUAGGACUUGACGAAAUUUCGGGUGAGUCUAAUUAUUAUAUGCCACAAUAAUAUUCUGUUGGUACGUAGUUGGUGUUCUUGUUGGUUCGAACGUGGGUUCUUAUUUAAGUAAAUUGGAAUUGUAAUGUGAACCAGGUUUUAUGGGACCCCAACAAUAAUCAAUAAACUUUUUCACCUAAAUCAAAUUAUUUGCAUUACUCUAUGAUGUCCAGAUAUUUUUAUUGGUAAGUGAUUUAUUAGACGUCGGUUUUGCGAGAGUGACGACGUGAACGUUUUCACCCACAGAGGGGAUCUAAACCAAUAUAUGGUCGAGAUCAAGACAUGCAUGAUUUAUUUUACGCAGCAUUUAAGAUUUGAGCUUCAUACCUAUAUUAUAUACGAUUGAUGCCAUCAAACAUUUCCAUUGAACGUUAAAAUCCAAAGAUCUAAGAUACAAUUGUUAAUAUA